AUGGAUGGCAAGCAUAUACGUAUCGAGGUUCCUCUGGUAGCAUUAAUUAUGACUUCGAAUCGUGACGUUCAGAAGCCCGCUCACUUAGGCAGCGCUUACUGGAAUUACAAGCACUACCACUCCAUUAUCCCGCUAGAUAUAAGUGAUAGUGAUCGCCGGAUCCUAGCGUAUGACAUAGGUGCACCUGGUCGCGCUGGUGAUGCCGGGCUUUUCCGGACCUCCGUCAUCAAGGGCGCGGCAAACGAUCGAAGCGACCUUCGGAUUGCUAUCCCAACGUUUUCAGGUUCAAUGAUCAGUAUCGCUUUGCAUCCCGAUCGGGUUAAGCGUAUUGUUGCCUCUCUGAUGGUUCGUACGACUUCAAUGCUAAACUCGUAA